UCUACAAAACCCCCUGUGCCCCUGUUGCUUCUCGCAUCCCCACCAUGCCUCGUUCUUUCCUGGUGAGGAGGGGGGGCUCUCACCUUCUGCGCCCCAAAGCAGGUAGCCCAUGCUUGGGCACGACUCUGGUGCCAGUGGGUCCCCCAGAAACAGAUAAGAGGCAGUGGGGUACCCUUCUUCAGGGACAGCCGUCACCUAAGAGUGCAGUGUCUCUAGUGACACACAAUGAGACCUACUCACCACAGCCCUCUCCACCUCCAGCCCUCCACCCUGCCUCACAUAGUCACCGUUACCUUCACCCCACUAGUCCCAUGUCUUCAGGUAGGUGUUGAACACUGAGGCUCACCUAACACAAGCUCAUGUACAUCUGCCAGUUGUGUGUAUUAUUGUUCUCAUAAUCAUUCAUUAUUGUACAAUGUUCAUUUAAGCUAAGACUGAAACUGCGAUAUUUUUCAGACCUACUAGAGAUCAGUGUUUGCUUGUUAGAAGGGGCUAAUUAAUGUAACUUAUGAACCACCUGCUAUUCUCCAUCCUAAGAUGGUAGAGCUGCACUGCACCACCACUCUACCUCCCCGUUCAACCCUGGCAGCCCUGCUGAGGAGGUGGGCUCUCCCCUCCUGGGGGAGACCCGAUACAGAGACUGUCCCCAGAUCAGUGACCACAGGACCACUGGGACUGAAUGUCCAUGGUGUGGAAAGGUUAGUGGAUGAUCCCAAGUCAGUUAUGUUAUUCUAUUCCUCUGACAAGUGGUCAUUGCCAAUAAUACUCUGUUCUUAAUUGAUUUACCUGUAUACACUACCAGUCAAAAGUUUGGACACACCUACUAAUUCAAGGGUUUUUCUUUAUUUUUACAUUGUAGAAUAAUAUAGUGAAGACAUCAAAACUAUGAAAUAACACAUGGAAUCAUGUAGUAACCAAAAAGGUGUUAAACAUAUCAAAAUAUAUUUUAUAUUUGAGAUUCUUCAAAUAGCCACCCUUUGCCUUGAUGACAGCUUUGCACACUCUUGGCAUUCUCUCAACCAGCUUCAUGAGGUAGUCCCCUGGAAUGCAUUUCAAUUAACAGGUGUGCCGCCGUAAAAGUUAAUUUGUCGAAUUUCAUUCAAAUAAGCAAAGAGAAAUGACAGUCCAUCAUUACUUUAAGACAUGAAGGUCAGUCAAUAUGGAACAUUUCAAGAACUUUGAACGUUUCUUCAAGUGCAGUCACAAAAACCAUCAAGUGCUAUGAUGAAACUGGCUCUCAUAAGGACCGCCACAGGAAAGGAAGACACAGAGUUACCUCUGCUGCAGAGGAUAGGUUCAGAGUUACCAGCCUCAGAAAUUGCAGGCCAAAUAAAUGCUUCAGAUUUCAAUAUGCCAUUUAGCAGACGUUUUUAUCCAAAGCGACUUACAGUCAUGCGUGCAUACAUUUUUACAUAUGGGUGGUCCCGGGGAUCGAACCCACUACUCUUCCGUUACAAUCGCCAUGCUCUACCAAUUGAGCUACAAGUCACAGACAUAAACAUCAACUGUUCAGAGGGGACUGUGUGAAUCAGGCCUUCAUGGUCAAAUUGCUGCAAAGAAACCACUACUAAAGGACACCAAUAAUAAGAAGAGACCUGCUUGGGCCAAGAAACACGAGCAAUGGGCAUUAGGCCGGUGGAAAUUUGUCCUUUGGUCUGGAGUCCAAAUUGGAGACUUUUGGUUCCAACCGCGUGUCUUUGUGAGACGCAGUGUGGGUGAACGGAUGAUCUCCGCAUGUGUAGUUCCCACUGUAAAGCAUGGAGGAGGUGGUGUUAUGGUGUGGGGGUGCUUUGCUGGUGACACUGUGAUUUAUUUAGAAUUCAAGGCACACUUAACUAGCAUGGCUACCACAGCACUACGCCAUCCCAUCUGGUUUGGGCUUAGUGGGACUAUCAUUUGUUUUUCAACAGGACAAUGACCCAACACACCUCCAGGCUGUGUAAGGGCUAUUUUACCAAGAAGGAGAGUGAUUGAGUGCUGCAUCAGAUGACCUGGCAUCCACAAUCCCCCGAUCUCAACCCAAUUGAGAUGGUUUGGGAUGAGUCGGACGGCAGAGUGAAGGAAAAGCAGCCAACAAGUGCUAAGCAAAUGUGGGAACUCCUUCAAGACUGUUGGAAAAGCAUUCCAGGUGAAGCUGGUUAAGAGAAUGCCAAGAGUGUGUAAAGCUGUCAAGGCAAAGGGUGGCUAUUUGAAGAAUCUCAAAUAUAAAAUAUACAUUUGAUUUGUUUAACACUUUUUUGGUAACUACAUGAUUCCAUGUGUGUUAUUUCAUAGUUGAGGUCUUCACUAUUAUGCUACAAUGUAGAAAAUAGUACAAAUAAAGAAAAACCCUUGAAUGAGUAGGUGUCCAAACUUUUGACUGGUACUGUAAAUAAAGGUGAAUUAUUAAACGUCAAUCCUACUCUCCAUGAAAAAGGUUUGAUAUUAGUGGUAAGAGAAAGCUAUGUUUGCUUCCAUCAUGGAUAGUGAACAAUUCUGGCUCAUUGGAAUACCAAUGAGGGGGUUGGAUAGACCUACACACAGCCUUUUUAUUAACCAAAGGUCAAAGUGCAGCAACUGAAGUCUGAUGUGCUUUGAUUCUCUAUUCUGUUUCUGACUGGAAGACCAGUGUGAGGAUUAGAUCAAAAAAGAGGUCAAUUAUAUUUACUGCACUCCUCUUCUGCAAAUGACAUUAAAGUGUUUGUUUUCUUUUCAGAGUUUCUUUUCUUUCUCCAGUCUGGAGUCCCAUGUCCACAAGUUCCAUGGUGGCAGACACAAGCAGUCAUCAUCAGCACACACCAAGACUGACAGUCAGCCAUAUGGCUAUAGGUCAGACCUGGGUUUGAGCUACAGGGUCAAGGUAGGAAUAACACACCUAAUGAUGUCAAUAAAGGUCUGUUGCCUGCCCCAUUACUUGUAUAAUAAAGUGUUUUAAAGCAGGUUUGACCCCAACUCUGGUUCAAAGUAGAUACCAUGAAAGAAAUGUUAGUAUAUUGUGUAUUAUCAGCAGAAUGUUUAUUAAAGCCCCCAUGCAGACUUUGUACUUUUAUUUUUAAAUCACUGUAUUCUAAUAAAUCACUGUUUAUUUAAUUAAAAUAACUAAAAUGUAUUUAUCAUUUAUUUUCCUGAGCCUCCUUUGGCCCUUGAAAUUCUGUCUAAUCGUGUGGGCACGUUAGGAAACAAAUGUAAAUAUAUUUACAUACACAGCCCUGAUUGGCUGAUAGGAUGGUCUAGCGCCCACCCCCUUACCCAGAUGAACAGUCAUUGGUCUAUUAUAAAUAGACCAUCAUCACUGUGACAUCAUGAUAUGGGUUCUACUAAGAUAUAUGGAAUUGUUUUAAGGUCAUACCAAGGAUCAUUUAGCUAUUUAAUUUUGAAUUUUGAGACUCGUUGAAGUAUAAUUUUUUUGUAUAUAUACAGUGGGGGAAAAAAGUAUUUAGUCAGCCACCAAUUGUGCAAGUUCUCCCACUUAAAAAGAUAAGAGAGGCCUGUAAUUUUCAUCAUAGGUACACGUCAACUAUGACAGACAAAAUAAGAAAAAAAAAUCCAGAAAAUCACAUUGUAGGAUUUUUAAUGAAUUUAUUUGCAAAUUAUGGUGGAAAAUAAGUAUUUGGUCAAUAACAAAAGUUUCUCAAUACUUUGUUAUAUACCCUUUGUUGGCAAUGACACAGGUCAAACGUUUUCUGUAAGUCUUCACAAGGUUUUCACACACUGUUGCUGGUAUUUUGGCCCAUUCCUCCAUGCAGAUCUCCUCUAGAGCAGUGAUGUUUUGGGGCUGUCGCUGGGCAACACAGACUUUCAACUCCCUCCAAAGAUUUUCUAUGGGGUUGAGAUCUGGAGACUGGCUAGGCCACUCCGGGACCUUGAAAUGCUUCUUACGAAGCAACUCCUUCGUUGCCCGGGCGGUGUGUUUGGGAUCAUUGUCAUGCUGAAAGACCCAGCCACGUUUCAUCUUCAAUGCCCUUGCUGAUGGAAGGAGGUUUUCACUCAAAAUCUCACGAUACAUGGCCCCAUUCAUUCUUUCCUUUACACGGAUCAGUCGUCCUGGUCCCUUUGCAGAAAAACAGCCCCAAAGCAUGAUGUUUACACCCCCAUACUUCACAGUAGGUAUGGUGUUCUUUGGAUGCAACUCAGCAUUCUUUGUCCUCCAAACACGGCGAGUUGAGUUUUUACCAAAAAGUUCUAUUUUGGUUUCAUCUGACCAUAUGACAUUCUCCCAAUCCUCUUCUGGAUCAUCCAAAUGCACUCUAGCAAACUUCAGAAGGGCCUGGACAUGUACUGGCUUAAGCAGGGGGACACGUCUGGCACUGCAGGAUUUGAGUCCCUGGCGGCGUAGUGUGUUACUGAUGGUAGGCUCUGUUACUUUGGUCCCAGCUCUCUGCAGGUCAUUCACUAGGUCCCCCCGUGUGGUUCUGGGAUUUUUGCUCACCGUUCUUGUGAUCAUUUUGACCCCACGGGGUGAGAUCUUGCGUGGAGCCCCAGAUCGAGGGAGAUUAUCAGUGGUCUUGUAUGUCUUCCAUUUCCUAAUAAUUGCUCCCACAGUUGAUUUCUUCAAACCAAGCUGCUUACCUAUUGCAGAUUCAGUCUUCCCAGCCUGGUGCAGGUCUACAAUUUUGUUUCUGGUGUCCUUUGACAGCUCUUUGGUCUUGGCCAUAGUGGAGUUUGGAGUGUGACUGUUUGAGGUUGUGGACAGGUGUCUUUUAUACUGAUAACAAGUUCAAACAGGUGCCAUUAAUACAGGUAACGAGUGGAGGACAGAGGAGCCUCUUAAAGAAGAAGUUACAGGUCUGUGAGAGCCAGAAAUCUUGCUUGUUUGUAGGUGACCAAAUACUUAUUUUCCACCAUAAUUUGCAAAUAAAUUCAUUAAAAAUCCUACAAUGUGAUUUUCUGGAUUUUUUUUCUCAUUUUGUCUGUCAUAGUUGACGUGUACCUAUGAUGAAAAUUAAAGGCCUCUCUCAUCUUUUUAAGUGGGAGAACUUGCACAAUUGGUGGCUGACUAAAUACUUUUUUUCCCCACUGUAUAUAUAUAGCCUUACUGCUAUUAGCCCAUACAAACGCAUUGAAUAACAGAUUCACUACAUGGAACAACAUAUAGUCCCCAAAAAAAUAUCAAAAGGAAGUUUGUUCUGAAGUGUCUCUCCUAUAUGUGAGAUAUAUAAGAAAGAUCAGGAAUGUUUUUUUUACAUGUAUUUAACCCCAUAUUUUGGGCAUUAAAUAGUCUCCAUAUAUACUUCCAUACAUUUUUUCAACUGGUAUCAGGGGACCUUCAGACAAGUCUUGUGAGGCCUGUGGGCAUCCUAGAGCAAAACAUGUACAUGUUCGUGAGAGUCUCAUCUUUCCAUAGAGGGGUCAAAAUAGUUCUCAUGGUCUGACAAACACCGCUCUAGCUCUAUCACCUUUCACCUCAGAUGCGGAAUUGCGACAGGCGGAUGCGGUUGAUUGAGACGUAUCCAAUGCAAAAAAAAAACGAUCUCUAUCUUAAAACAGACAUUUUUUUAAUGCUAAUUAGAUUUCCGCGGACAUCGACUUUAGGGGGUUUUAAGGUUUUUAUGCCAGUUAUAAACUAUAUACAGGAAAACACACCACAAUAAACCUUAUACAUGAUUAUAUGGCCUAUACUAUAUGACCUAUAUUCGUUUUUGUUUGGUGUAAAAAAAUAAAUAAAGAUUAAUUAAAACGUAAUAAAAAUAAAUAAAUAAAUAUAUGGCCAUGUGUUUCAGGAGCGUACGUAUGGCUGUAAGGUGUGUGGGAAAGUGUUCAAGCGCGCCUCCACCCUGUCCACUCACCUGCUAAUCCACUCUGACACACGGCCCUACCCCUGUCAAUACUGUGGCAAAGGAUUUCACCAGAAAUCUGAUAUGAAAAAACACACCUUCAUUCACACAGGUAAGUCGAUAUGUAUUCUAUGGAAAUAGGGAUCUUGUCUUUGUCAGUCCCGUUCGAAACAUAUUAACUAUUUUAAAUAUAAAAAAAAAAAAACAUGUGAGUGGUAGGGGCAUGUGGUGCCUGUUAAAAAAUGGUAGUGACUACAUGCCAGAGUACGGCGACGUGGGAAGUGAUUUGGCCUUUAAAAUAAAUAAAACAGCCACCGCAUGCCCCUAUCACUCAUUGAUUUGGAAUAAGUUAGCUGAAGUUUGUAGUGGCUGUUUAAUUAAAGAAACCUGAACCAAGCAUUAUAGUUUUUCCUGGCCACUAGACUACCUUCAGGGUGAGGAACCAUCUAAGAUGAAGUUAUAAAAGAGUGAACUUCCCCUUUAAUACAGUAUGUCCCCUCUGCUUUCCUAUCCCAGGUGAGAAGCCCCAUGUGUGCCAGGUGUGUGGCAAAGCCUUCAGCCAGAGCUCCAACCUCAUCACCCACAGCCGUCAGCACAGUAGUAACCAGCCCUACCACUGCCUCUAUGGCUUCCAGCGCAAACAGGACCUGAGACAAAACCAGGAGAACCACUGUACAUAGAGCUUUAGACUAAGACCCUGGCAAAGAGCUGAUCUGAGCUCAGUUUUCACAAUUGGGAGAACCACAAUGACGACAGCAACUCAGACACCCUCACAUGGUCAUAGCUGGCCCCAGUUAUUUUUUUCAUUAUAAGGGGCACCACUGCACAAGCUAAACAGAAGCUGGGGAUGGAUGGAAGGGAUGGAUGCUUCACUCAAAAUUCUAACAUUUACCUUAACUGUAGUCGAAUCCCGACUAUAUAUUUUGCCUACAUAUACAGUGGUGAAAAAACGUUUUUAGUCAGCCACCAAUUGUGCAAGUUCUCCCACUUAAAAAUAUUAAUUUUCAUCAUAGGUACACGUCAACUAUGACAGACAAAAUGAGAAAAAAAAAUCCAGAAAAUCACAUUCUAGGAUUUUUAAUGAAUUUAUUUGCAAAUUAUGGUGGAAAAUAAGUAUUUGGUCAAUAACAAAAGUUUCUCAAUACUUUGUUAUAUACACUUUGUUGGAAAUGACACAGGUCAAACGUUUUCUGUAAGUCUUCACAAGGUUUUCACACACUGUUGCUGGUAUUUUGGCCCAUUCCUCCAUGCAGAUCUCCUCUAGAGCAGUGAUGUUUUGGGGCUGUCGCUGGGCAACACGGACUUUCAACUCCCUCCAAAGAUUUUCUAUGGGGUUGAGAUCUGGAGACUGGCUAGGCCACUCCAGGAACUUGAAAUGCUUCUUACGAAGCCACUCCUUCGUUGCCCGGGCGGUGUGUUUGGGAUCAUUGUCAUGCUGAAAGACCCAGCCACGUUUCAUCUUCAAUUCCUUUGCUGAUGGAAGGAGGUUUUCACUCAAAAUCUCACGAUACAUGGCCCCAUUCAUUCUUUCCUUUACACGGAUCAGUCGUCCUGGUCCCUUUGCAGAAAAACAGCCCCAAAGCAUGAUGUUUCCACCCCCAUGCUUCACAGUAGGUAUGGUGUUCUUUGGAUGCAACUCAGCAUUCUUUGUCCUCCAAACACGACAAGUUGAGUUUUUACCAAAAAGUUCUAUUUUGGUUUCAUCUCACCAUAUGACAUUCUCCCAAUCCUCUUCUGGAUCAUCCAAAUGCACUCUAGCAAACUUCAGACGGGCCUGGACAUGUACUGGCUUAAGCAGGGGGACACGUCUGGCACUGCAGGAUUUGAGUCCCUGGCGGCGUAGUGUGUUACUGAUGGUAGGCUUUGUUACUUUGGUCCCAGCUCUCUGCAGGUCAUUCACUAAGUCCCCCCGUGUGGUUCUGGGAUUUUUGCUCACCGUUCUUGUGAUCAUUUUGACCCCACGGUGUGAGAUCUUGCGUGGAGCCCCAGAUCAAUGGAGAUUAUCAGUGGUCUUGUAUGUCUUCCAUUUCCUAAUAAUUGCUCCCACAGUUGAUUUCUUCAAACCAAGCUGCUUACCUAUUGCAGAUUCAGUCUUCCCAGCCUGGUGCAGGUCUACAAUUUUGUUUCUGGUGUCCUUUGACAGCUCUUUGGUCUUGGCCAUAGUGGAGUUUGGAGUGUGACUGUUUGAGGUUGUGGACAGGUGUCUUUUAUACUGAUAACAAGUUCAAACAGGUGCCAUUAAUACAGGUAACGAGUGGAGGACAGAGGAGCCUCUUAAAGAAGAAGUUACAGGUCUGUGAGAGCCAGAAAUCUUGCUUGUUUGUAGGUGACCAAAUACUUGUUUUCCACCAUAAUUAGCAAAUAAAUUCAUAAAAAAUCCUACAAUGUGAUUUUCUUCCUCAAUUUGUCCGUCAUAGUUGACGUGUACCUAUGAUGAAAAUUACAGGCCUCUCAUCUUUUUAAGUGGGAGAACAUGCACAAUUGGUGGCUGACUAAAUACUUUUUUCCCCCACUGUAUAUAGGACAGCAUCCUCUAAUGUGCAGGGUUGCGGCUAUUGAUGGCUAUUUAACAGUUUAAUGGCCUUGAGAUAGAAGCUGUUUUUCAGUCUCAGCUUUGAUGCACCUGUACUGACCUCGCCUUCUGGAUGAUAGCAGGGUGAACAGGCCGUGGCUCGGGUGGUUGAUGUCCUUGAUGAUCUUUUUGGCCUUCCUGUGACGUCGGGUGCUGUAGGUGCCCUAGAGGGAAGGCAGUGUGCCCCAAGUGAUGCGUUUGGCAGACCGUACCACCCUCUGGAGUGCCCUGCGGUUGCGGGCAGUGCAGUUGCCGUACCAGGUGGUGAUACAGUGAGGGAAAAAAGUAUUUGAUCCCCUGCUGAUUUUGUAAGUUUGCCCACUGACAAAGAAAUGAUCAGUCUAUAAUUUUAAUGGUAGGUUUAUUUGAACAGUGAGAGACAGAAAAACAACAAAAAAUUCCAGAAAAACGCAUGUCAAAAAUAUUAUACCAAUGUAUCUUCCUCAUUGUCUGACCCAUCCCGAUGAGGACAAGGAGCCCAGUCGGGUACUGGGUACAAAUCCGGAAGGUUUCCCUCUACGCUAACCUCCAAUUGUUGCUGUUGAGCUUUGUAACCAUGACAGGCCCAUCCACCCCCAGGGACAACACGAUACAGACAUAAUAAUAUAAUAAUAAUAUAAUAAUAAUAAUAUAAUAUGCCAUUUAGCAGACGCUUUUAUCCAAAGCGACUUACAGUCAUGUGUGCAUACAUUUUUACGUAUGGGUGGUCCCGGGGAUCGAACUCACUACCCUGACGUUACAAGCGCCAUGCUCUACCAAUUGAGCUACAGAGGACCACAUUCAGGAUUUCCAAAUGGGCAGUCCAUUGGUCCUCCUUUAAUACUACAGGGCUUUCCAUAUUCAUUAACAUACUGUCCUGGAGCUCCCUGAACAGGGUGUAUUUCUUUGGUUGACUUAUUAACAAUUGUCUGUACAGUCAUUUGCUUUACUUUGGUUUGGAUCAAAAGUGAUUUCAACAAAGGCAGUACACAACAAAAGACCAUUCCCAUUACUACAAGUGCUAUGCCUAUCAUGAUUGCCAUUUUUGUAAACAUUGUUCCCCAAAGUUAAGUCCAUCCAAUCCCAAGUGUGAGCGUCAUGCCCAGCAUUGUCCUUAACUUCUUUUCGUAGUCCUUUGAGCUUAGUCAUUGCUUCAGUGAAUGAACCAUCCGGAGCAGUAUUAUUAUUGGGAAUGAAGGUACAACAUUCAUCCCCAAACAUAACACAAACUCCACCUUUUUCUACCAACAGCCAGUUUAAAGCCUGCCUAUUUUGCCAUGUCAUUCUACUUGUAGCCUGUACUUGCUCUCCCAGAGCUGUUAACGCAGAGUCUGUGUAAUUAAUAAACGUUUGUUGAUUAUAGUAAAUAUAAUUGAUCCAUUCAAGGUUUUUGUUACUUGAUAUCCAGACAAAUAUUGAUUGAAAUCCUGCUUUAAUUUAAUCUCUUGCCUUAUAUUCAUUUGGAAUUCCUCUGGGUUGACCUAUUGCAUCUAAGUAUACAUUGGGGUCAUGUUCAUACGCUCAUUUUACCCUUUUAUUAUUGUCCUUGGUGUCCUGAUUUGUUGUUUUUUCCACCUCCCAUUCUGAUAUAACCACUUCCUGAAGCAUUUGUACCCUAGCACAUAUUCCCUUCCAUCCAUUAGGCAAAGUGGCUCUAAUUCUUUGUCCUCCACAAAUCCAAAAUAAAUCUUCCACUGCCACCGAUUGAUCCUCAUAAGGAGAGAUCAGUGGCAUUGCCAGUGUUUUCUUCUCACAUUCCCCAGGGUCACCAGGCCCUCCACUAGUAGCUAUCACUCCAGUGCUCGAUCGCGCCGCUUGAUAAACUGCUCUGCGCAGAGUAUCUGCAUUCCAAUACAUAUCAUUAUUUAGGUGCCAUGUGGUCUCACACUUUCCCCUAAAUUCUCCCAAAUCAUGCUCCCCAUCCGUUUUGUUGUAGCAUUCAUAAUCUUGAUUAUAAUCUAUACAAUAUUUUUCCGGUGCUUCCAUUUUUCUGGGUUCUAUUCUCACAUCUAAUUGUUUACACCACUCCCCCCAUCCUGUUUGAUUAUAGUAUUUGUGAUGGUCAGGACUUCCUAAGAAGGAUAAGCAUUCUGCAGGGCAAUAGGGUCUCUCUGAUCUUUUGAGAUGACAGAAGUUUCGUUUAAAGUCAGCACAUUCCCUGUGGCUAUGUGGACUUGGUAUUACCAUCAGUUCCUUUAAUGGGGAGGGGGAGCAUACUAGACAAUCCGUUUUCUUAUUAAUUACUUUAGCUGAAUACUGUGCCAAUCUGUACCAAUCAUUUUGUAAUGCUCCCUCCAAUAGUCUACUUAGUUAUGUUGGUGCUUUCAUUAUUUCCGGUAUUACUGCUGGUGCUGAGCUAGAUUGUUUAUUUUCCUGGUUUCCCCAAUUAGUAAACGAUUCCCAUACAUUUUGAAAGAACCCAGUUGAUUCUGUUGUUUCUGAGUCUUCCUUCAUUGCUUUAGUUGUUACAACAAUGGACGGUCCUUGAGUGAUUGCCAUAGUUACAUUGACUGUCUCUAUUUCUCCUUCCUGUCUAGUUUGACGUGUGGGAACAAAAAUAAUUUUGAUUGUUGUUAUAUUAUUUCCUUCUGGCCACUUUGUGCUAACUAAUUCCAAAACAUAUUUUGCAUCAUUUUCUUGUAUCAAUUCCUCUAAGGUAAUUUCCCAAGUAAUGUGUCCUUUGUUAAUUUAUAUUAGACAUCCAUAUUCAUCCCAGAUCGCCUCUCCCAUUGUUUGAUGAUUAGUCCACCCACAAAGUGCUGUUUCUGGCAAAGGUUUUACCCUUCGUAUUGAAAAGGAUCUUUGAGUUUCUUCAACUGUCCUUUCUUCUUGGGCUGGAAUAGAAAUACUAGUUUGAGCUAUCCCCAAUGGUACAUGCUUUUCUAUUCUAUUCUUCAAUCUAACUUUAGGGGCCAAUUUCUUAAGCACUGAUGGAAUCAUGAAAUGUUUAGCUUGUUUUAUAUCUAUUUACUUUUGGCUCAACUUCUUGAUAUAUUAAUUAUUAAUGACUCAUUAUUACACCCUGAAACUGUGUAUAAUGUGUUAGAAAUGUGUGAGUGUAGGACCAGUAAAAGCUAUGGCAUUGAGCCACUAUUUAGCAAUGUGAGUAAGAGUUAGGCCAGACAACAAAGACAACUGAGAAACUAAGAUAAAGAGGCCUCCCAAUUUAGGGAGGGGAGAAACUGUUAUGAAAACAUGGUGCAGAAUAUUGUGAGAACGGCAAUAACUGAGUAAAGCAGGGAGUAGGGUAUGUGUGUGUGUGUGUAUGCAUGUGUGUAUAUGUGUGUGAACUGAAGGUCAGUAGAGCAGUUUUAGAGUGGAAAACUACAGCCCGCCUACAGAGGGAAGGGAUUUCUUUUUGCAUGACGUAUGAGUAUAAAAGAUGGACUCUGAAAUUGUGAUGGCAGAAUUCUCAAUGAAUAAAUAUCUUUGACAAUGCAGACCGGGACUCUGGCCGUUACUUAAAUCCCAAAAGACUUACAACCGUUUGGGAGACGCACAGAGACACAAAAAUAGUUUGUUAAAUAAUUCACAUAACACUUCUACACAAUGAUUUGUUAGGCAUUUUAUUUUAAAUAUUGCAUAUCCUUCAAUCUGACAUUUCCUCAAUCUAGGCCAUCCUAUGUAUGAUACUUGUUCUUUAUUCACAACAACAAUUCUUCCAGGUUCAGUAAGGCUAUCUCUAGAAUAUUGUAUAGUUGUAGGCAGACUCGCCACCAUCUCUCCUUGAUUAACUGCUAUUACCGUUAAAGCAAUUCCACAGUUCUUAAGUUGUUGGAGACCAUGUGAGGGCAGAGAAGUCAACGACUGAGGAGUCUCUUCCUUCACCGGUGGAGACGUCAACCCCCACAAUGGUAGAAAGGUCACUUUCUCCUCCUUCUCCUGUUGUCUCUCCAUUCCCUGGGUCGCUGCUUGUGUUUGGGGCAUCUGCCAUAGCAGGUAUCCUAUUAGUAGUAUUCCCCACACCAUCAGACCCCACCUCCCGACUCUCCGGAUUUUCAGGAGGGAGUGCCUGCUGUUCUUCGACGUUGGCACUUGGACUCGUGCUUGCUUCUUCUUCUUGGACUCCAUCUGGUGCCUCGGCAACCUCCGCUUCCUCAUGGCUCACUGACAGCAGGCCGGUUCUCCUCGGGACCCUGGUACAGUGGUUCAGAUGGUACCACGUUGUGCUUCCUUCCACCUGUAUCGCCGUGGGCGUCGCUCGGGUCACCUUGUAUGGUCUUUCUCUCCUGGGCUCGUUCCACUUUCUGCGAAACACUCGGAUGUAGACUCGAUCUUCUGGAAUCACCGGCCCUGGCUCCUCUGGUCCAGGUUCCGGUUCUCGCCCUUUUUCCUGGAGAUAGAUCACUUUAUGUAUAGCAGUUAGUUGUCUUACAUAUGCUUUAAACUCCAUCUCUAAUUGUUCCAAUGGUAGGGCCCUCUUAGAACUGGCACUGGCAUGGGUCGACCCGUAAGCAUUUCAUGCGGGGUUAGAUGCGUAUUUCUGUUAGUUUGCAUGCGAUAACUCAUCAAAGCUAGUGGUAGUGCAUCCACCCAAUUGAGCUUUGCACCGGCACAGAUUGUAUUCAGUUUAGCCUUGAGGGUCCCAUUAAUCCUCUCAACAAUCCCCUUAGAUUGCGGUGAUACACACACCCUAGUCUUUGCUUAAUCCAGGGGUGUCAAAGGUCCGGCCCGCGGGCCGGAUCAGGCCCGCAAACGGGUUUAAUCCGGCCCGCGAGAUGAUUUCGAAAAAAGAAUAAUAAAAAAUACAAAUAAAACCCCCCCAAAACUUUUUUUUUUUUUUUUGUAAAGUCUAAAAAUGCGCUGCAAUUUUUCAAUAAAAUAAACUGCUGUUCCAAUUGCGUCCAUUGGAUGGCACAAUAGCAAUUGUGUUAAGCAAGCAAACUGUUUAUUACAUUUUUACAUUUUAGUCAUUUAGCAGACGCUCUUAUCCAGAGCGACUUACAGUUAGUGAAUACAUAUUUUUUUAUACUGGCCCCCCAUGCUCUAUCAACUGAGCUACAUCCCUGCCGGCCAUUCCCUCCCCUACCCUGGUCGACGCUGGGCCAAUUGCGCGCCGCCCAUGAGUCUCCCGGUCGCGGCCGGCUGCGACAGAGCCUGGAUUCGAACCAGGAUCUCUAGUGGCACAGUUAGCACUGCGAUGCAGUGCCUUAGACCACUGCGCCACUCAGGAGUCCCUGAGUGGCGCAGUGGUCUAUACCAGGGCAGAGCAAGUAGGUCAAGCACGUGCAGCCAAUGAGCUACUUUGUUUUGCCCGCAAUAUUUAUUACGGCUUCUACUUUUAACAUUAUGUGUUUUGGCACCCUCAUUGCCCCAAUAUGUCUCUGUCAAAAAAGAGAAAAGUGGACGCAGAGUGUUCCAAGAAAAAUGGUAAUCCUAUUUAUUCACGGAAUUGAAUGGGAAAGCUGUAUGUUUGGUGUGUUCAGAGCAUGUUGCAGUGCUGAAAGAAUAUAACCUUCGUCGCCACUAUGUGAGUCUUCAUGCCGACAAAUAUGACAACUUUCAAGGACAGCGGAGAUGAGAGAAGGUGAAUGAACUGUUGGCGGGUCUGAAGAAACAGCAGUCUGUGUUUACUCACAGCCGAGACAUCAGUGACGCUGCAGUGAAAGCUAGCUACCUCAUUGCUAAUGAAAUCGCAGUGGCUUCAAAACCAUUUAGUGAGGGUGAAUUUGUAAAAACAUGCAUGAUGAAGGCAGCGGAGAUUGUGUGCCCUGAAAAGCGGCAGGCUUUUGCAAAUAUCAGCCUGACAAGAAACACAGUUGCAGACAGGAUUUCCGAUCUUUCAGUGGAUUUGGACAGCCAGUUGAAGCAAAAAGUAAAGUCAUUUAUUGCGUUUUCGGUUGCAAUUGAUGAAAGCACGGACAUUACAGAUGUUGCACAACUGGCCAUUUUCAUCCGCGGAGUUGAUGACACAUUGACCGUCACCGAGGAGUUCGUGGAGUUGGUGCCGAUGACAGAUACAACGACAGCAGCUGAUAUUUUUACCGCACUCGUCGGCGCGCUGGACAGGGUCGGAGUGGACUGGUCCCGCGCUGUCAGCCUGGCUACAGAUGGUGCGCCCUCAAUGAUCGGGAAAAAAGCAGGCGUUGUGACAAAGUUCAGAGAGAAAGUGCAAUCUGCAAAUGGAGGACGUGAUUUUUGGACUUUUCACUGUAUUUUGCACCAGGAGGCUUUGUGUUGCAAGUCAUUAAAGAUGGAUAACGUCAUGAAGGUGGUCAUCCAAACUGUUAAUUUUAUCCGAUCCAGAAGCCUGAAUCACCGUCAGUUUGACAGCCUUCUCAGAGAGAAAGACCACAUCUAUGGCCUGCCAUACCACACUGAGGUAAGAUGGUUAAGCCGAGGUGCUGAGGCGUUUCUUUGAUUUACGAGAAGAAAUUGAACAGUUCAUGGAAGAAAAGGGCAAACCAGUGUUAGAAUUUCAUUCCGCAGAAUGGAUGCAGGACCUUGCAUUUAUGGUGGAUGUUACAGAGCACCUGAAUAACUUGAACAAACAGCUGCAAGGGUGCAACAAAGUUGUCACGCAGUAUUAUGACAGCAUACGUUCUUUCAAGUUGAAGCUGGCAUUGUGGGAGACGCAACUCGCCGGUGGUGAUGCAGCUCACUUCCCCUGUCUGAAAAAUGUGUGCGCGACCCAACAUGUGGCAGACAUGAAGCGGUUCAAAGAUAAAAUAACGGGACUGUUACGGGAGUUUGAGCAACGCUUUCAGAUUUAUGUUUAUAUGUUUUUAUGUUGAUGUGCUAUUGUUUUUAAUUGAUUUUAUUUUAUUUGUAUAUUUAACCUAUUCUUGACUCUGUGGUUCUUGCACUUGUUUGGGGAACAGGAUUUCAUUAUUUUUAUCUACAUUUCUGCCUGAGAAAUGACACCCUGAUAUAGUUCUGUGAUCUGUGAAACAGUUCUGUUAAUCACUGAGGCAUUGUGUGUCUUUUUCUUUAGAAUUUUCAAAUAAACUUGAUGUGUUUUAUGAUUAAUAGUGAUGUUGUGCUUGUACUAUUUUGGACACACUGUCCUCAGGCUCCAGCUUUGUUGUAUGUUGAUCGUAUUAAAACAAAGAAAACAAUCUGAAGUUGUUGUUUUUAAGUUAUAUAUACCAUGAUUCAGGCUCUGUCGCAGCCGGCCGCGACCAGGAGACUCAUGGGCGGCGCACAAUUGGCCCAGCGUCGUCCAGGGUAGGGGAGGGAAUGGCCGGCAGGGAUGUAGCUCAGUUGAUAGAGCAUGGCGUUUGCAACGCCAGGGUUGUGGGUUCGAUUCCCACGGGGGGCCAGUAUAAAAAAAAUAUUUAUAUGUAUUCGCUAACUGUAAUUCGAUCUGGAUAAAAGCAUCUGCUAAAAGAAUAAAAAGUAAAUGUAAAUAAUUUUUCCGGUCCGGCCCACUUGGGAAUAGAUUUUCCUCCAUGUGGCCCCUGAGCUAAAAUGAGUUUGACACCCCUGGCUUAAUCGUUAGCUGCUGUAAUACUUGCUUCACUGUUUUUUAAAUAAAUGCUGAUCCAUUGUCUGAGCUGAUUUCUGUUGGUAUUCCAAAUCUGGGUAUUACUUCUCUGGUUAGAAAUUUGAUUACUGCUCCUGAUCCUAGAUCUGCUGAUGGUACCGCUUCUACCCAUCUACUGAAUCUAUCUAUUAUCACUAGCAUGUACCUUUUGCCAUUCACCUUUUUUAUCAUAUCUACAUAGUCCAUGGCUAAAUGUCGAAAUGGUCCUUCAGGAACUGGUAUGUACCCUAUAGGUGUUGUUAUUCCUUUCCUUACAUUGUUUUGUGCACACACCUUACAUCUUGCUAAUGCCUCAUCUAUUGUUGCCUGUAGGUAUGGACCAGUAUCCUUGUUUUUUAAUUUUCCUUACUAUCUCCCCCCUUGCGCAAUGGUCAAAACCAUGCGCAUCAGUUAUCAGUAAGUUGUGCAACACAAUGGGUGCUACUAUGGUUCCUUCAUGAGACCUCCAUAAUCCCUUCACAUCUUUGGUGGCCCCUCUUUGGUGCCACAUAGUCUGUUCAUAAUGUCCUGCUCUUUCCUGCAUCCUUAUUAUAUCGUCUGGUUGUGGUAUGGAUUCAAUAAUGACCAUUGGUGCUGUUAACACUGGGACGGUGCAUCUAGAUGCCUUCUUUGCAGCUUCAUCAGCUGCAUUGUUUCCUUUGGUUAUAUAUCCUUUUCCUUUCCUAUGCGCCUGACAUUUCACUAUCGCCAAUUUAGUGGGAUACAUUAACGCCGUCAUUAAUUCCACAAUCUGCUCGUGGUGUUGUAUGGGUGUACCAUCGCUUUUCCUGAACCCUCGCUCCUUCCAGACUGCCCCAAAUAAGUGACACACACCAUGUGCAUAUGCUGAAUCAGUAUAGAUAUUAACAGUUUUUCGUUUUCUCAGGAUGCAAGCUGCAGUGAGUCCUUUUAGUUCAGCUAAUUGGGCUGAGCAUGGCUGUGGACAGUAUUCUGCUAUUACCUCUUUAAAAUCCUCUCCUUGCUUUUGUACUACUGCAUAGCCUGCAUGAUUUCCCACAUUAUCUUUAUAACAUGAUCCAUCCACAAAAUACUCUUCUAUGCACUCUUCCCCCACGCUGGACAAAGGGGUUGACUCCAAGUCUGGCCUUAGUCGGGUAAAUGUCAAUGAGUCUGCUACACAGUAAUGUGCUUGUCCCUCAAACUCCAAAGGGAUUCUUUCAGCUGGAUGUACUGUACUGCAUCGUUUAAUGGAAACAUCUGGAUAGGUCAGUAGAGUCAUGUAUUCUAAAGUUCUAGCAUUGGUAAGAACAAACUUUCCUUUUUCUAUCAGUUCCACUAUUUUAUGAUGUGUAUGUAUUGUUACCGGGUAUCCCAUAGUAAUUGUGGACGCUUUGUCAUAUGCAUAUUGUAAUGCAGCUAAAUCUUGAUAGCAGGGUGGAUAUCCCUGAGCAACAGAAUCUAGUUUAGAACUAUAAUAAGCAAUGGGUUGUUUUCGUCUUCCACUGCACGUCUCUUGCAUAAGUACCGCCGUUGCAUACCUAUCACAUCUAUUUGCCACAUACAACAAGAAUGGUUUUGUGUAAUCCGGGGCUGCUAGAGCCGGAGCUGACUGCAUUUCCUUCUUCAUUGUUUCAAAUGCAGUUAAUGCAUCACUGUUCCAUUCCAGGCUUGCUCUAAGGUCUAGUUGUCCUGCUUCUUUCAUGAUUUCUCGCAGAGGAGCUGUUUUAACCGCAUACUCCUCUAUCCAGUCUGAGCUGAAUCCAGUCAUCCCUAGGAACGUCAUCAUCUGCGCAACCGUUUAAGGGAACUGAUUCCUUCCAGUUGUCCUGGUGCUAUUGCCUUUGUCCCAUGCGCAAUUGUUCUUCCUAGAUAUUCAACUUGAGAUUGGCAGUACUGGAGUUUCGUUUUUGACACCUUGUGUCCUCCCUCUGCCAGUCACUUUAAAAAAAGGGGGGGGGUAGAAGGAUUACUUUAUCCUAUCCCAGGUAUUCCUUAAAGAGGUGGGGUUUCAAAUGUCUCCGGAAGGUGGUGAGUGACACCGCUGUCCUGGCGUCGUGAGGGAGCUUGUUCCACCAUUGGGGUGCCAGAGCAGCGAACUGUUUUGACUGGGCUGAGUGGGAACUAUGCUUCUGCAGAGGUAGGGGAGCCAGCAGGCCAGAGGUGAACGCAGUGCCCUCGUUUGGGUGUAGGGACUGAUCAGAGCCUGAAGGUACGGAGGUGCCGUUCCCCUCACAGCUCCGUAGGCAAGCACCAUGGACUUGUAGCAGAUGCGAGCUUCAACUGGAAGCCAGUGGAGUGUGCGGAGGAGCGGGGUGACGUGAGAGAACUUGGGAAGGUUGAACACCAGACGGGCUGCGGCAUUCUGGAUGAGUUGUAGGGGUUUAAUGGCACAGGCAGGGAGCCCAGCCAACAGUGAGUUGCAGUAAUCCAGACGGGAGAUGACAAGUGCCUGGAUUAGGACCUGUGCCGCUUCCUGUGUAAGGCAGGGUCGUACUCUCCGAAUGUUGUAGAGCAUGAACCUACAGGAUCGGGUCACCGCCUUGAUGUUAGCGGAGAACGACAAGGUGUUGUCCAGGGUCACGCCAAGGCUCUUCGCACUCUGGGAGGAGGACACAACGGAGUUGUCAACCGUGAUGGCGAGAUCAUGGAACGGGCAGUCCUUCCCCGGGAGGAAGAGCAGCUCCGUCUUGCCGAGGUUCAGCUUGAGGUGGUGAUCCGUCAUCCAUACUGAUAUGUCUGCCAGACAUGCAGAGAUGCGAUUCGCCACCUGGUUAUCAGAAGGGGGAAAGGAGAAGAUUAGUUGUGUGUUGUCAGCGUAGCAAUGAUAGGAGAGGCCAUGUGAGGAUAUGACAGAGCCAAGUGACUUGGUGUAUAGCGAGAAUAGGAGAGGGCCUAGAACUGAGCCCUGGGGGACACCAGUGGUGAGAGCACGUGGUGCGGAGACAGCUUCUCGCCACGUCACUUGGUAGGAGCGACCGGUCAGGUAGGACGCAAUCCAAGAGUGAGCCGCGCCGGAGAUGCCCAGCUCGGAGAGUGUGGAGAGGAGGAUCUGAUGGUUCACAGUAUCAAAGGCAGCAGACAGGUCUAGAAGGACAAGAGCAGAGGAGAGAGAGUUAGCUUUAGCAGUGCGGAGAGCCUCUGUGACACAGAGAAGAGCAGUCUCAGUUGAAUGACCAGUCUUGAAACCUGGCUGGUUUGGAUCAAGAAGGUCAUUCUGAGAGAGAUAGCAAGAGAGUUGGCUAAAGACGGCACGCUCAAUAGUUUUGGAGAGAAAAGAAAGAAGGGAUACUGGUCUGUAGUUGUUGACAUCAGAGGGAUCGAGUGUUGGUUUUUUGAGAAGGGGUGCAACUCUCGCUCUCUUGAAGACGGAAGGGACAUAGCCAGCAGUCAAGGAUGAGUUGAUCAGCGAGGUGAGGUAAGGGAGAAGGUCACCGGAGAUGGUCUGGAGAAGAGAGGGGGGGAUAGGGUCAAGCGGGCAGGUUGUUGGGCGGCCUGCAGUCACAAGUCGCAAGAUUUUAUCUGGAGAGAGAGGGGAGAAAGAAGUCAAAGCAUAGGGUAGGGCAGUGUGAGCAGGACCAGCAGUGUCAUUUGACUUAACAAACGAGGAUCGGAUGUCGUCAACCUUCUUUUCAAAAUGGUUGAUGAAGUCAUCCACAGAGAGGGAGGAGGGGGGGGGGGAUUCAGCAGGGAGGAGAAUGUGGCAAAGAGCUUCCUAGGGUUAGAGGCGGAUGCUUGGAAUUUAGAGUGGUAGAAAGUGGCCUUAGCAGCAGAAACAGAUGAAGAAAAUGUAGAGAGGAGGGAGUGAAAAGAUGCCAGGUCAGCAGGGAGUCUAGUUUUCUUCCAUUUCCGCUCAGCUGCCCGGAGCUCUGUUCUGUGAGCUCGCAAUGAGUCAUCAAGCCACGGAGCUGGAGGGGAGGACCGAGCCGGCCGGGAGGAUAGGGGACAUAGAGAGUCAAAGGAUGCAGAAAGGGAGGAGAGGGAUAUGAGGAGGCAGAAUCAGGAGAUUGGAGGGAGAAGGAUUGAGCAGAGGGAAGAGAUGAUAGGAUGGAAGAGGAGAGAGUAGCGGGAGAGAGAGAGCGAAGGUUGCGACGGCGCAUUACCAUCUGUGUAGGGGCAGAGUGAGUAGUGUUGGAGGAGAGGGAGAGAGAAAAGGAUACAAAGUAGUGGUCGGAGACUUGGAGGGGAGUUGCAGUGAGAUUAGUAGAAUCUCACUGGUAUCUGAGCCUGAAUAAACCUACCCCAUUUCCUGACUACCCUAUCUACUUCUGUCUCAAUAUCCCCUAACCAAUAGACAUUUGCUGUAUCCUGUUUCAUUACCAUUUGUAAGUUUAACCCUGCCUUGUCUAUAAUUACCCCUUCGGAGGAACAUCGAAUUUGUAUACCCAUUUUGCAUAGGGCAUCUCUUCCCAAUAGAUUGACAGAGGUGUGUUCUGAUACAAGUAUAGGGAGGGUUGCGGAUUUGUCAUCCGCUAUCAGGCGAACUGGAGCUGUCAUUGGAAUGAACUGUGUUUGUCCCGAGAAUCCUACAGUUUUGGCAUAUUUGCCAGACAUGGGGAGGUGAGAGGCAUAAUUUUGACUUACACAGGUGUAAGUGGCUCCAGUAUCAAACAUCAUGGGUGUGCCUCUGUUCUCUAUUUGAACCUGCAGCAUAAGUUCUUGAUCAGCUCGCGUAGUUAGUACUGGAAACUGACCCUCCCCUGUAGGAUUCUCUGGGCACCCCUAGUACCCCUGAUUAGGCCCUGCCCAUGGAUUCACAGGACCUUGGACUUGUUGCUGAUUUUGUUGCCAGCCGUCAGUCUGCUUCCAAUUACUUUGAUUUUUGUUCCCCGGCUGUUGCCAGGGGUUUGUGGGGCAGUUUCGUCUGGUAUGCCCUGGCUGUUGGCAUCCCCAGCAAAUUCCAGGUGGCCCUUGUGGGCACCGAUUUCCUCCUUUUUGAUUGUAUUGCUGAGGUUUUUGCUGUUUAUUGUUAUUAUUCCAUUGCCGGGGUUGUUGUGCAUACACAUUCACUACUGGUACUGUGGGUUGUACUUGGGCCUGUGGCGCGGGAGGCGGAUAUGGCCCUCCUGGAGUGACUGCAGCCACCAUUCCUGUUUCAGUCAUAGGUGCUGUUACUGGGGCCUGGAUUUUCUUCUUCACUCUGUUUGUCAAUUCUUCCAAUUGGAGUUGAGUCAGCUUCUUCUGAAUGUCUCUCCCUUGCUCUUUAAAUCUCUGUUAAUCUUUUCUGUGUUUUUCUACUGUAUGUAUCACAUGGUCACAUAAUUAUUUGUGUGUCUUUGAGGUAAGUCCCACCAGAUCCUCCAGCCUGCUUCUCACUGAUUGAGGCAUGGCUUCUAUUAUUGAGUUUCGGAAUAGAGUUGUCAUCAGUGGGUCCCCUUCUGGAUCUCGUUCUGUUUCCAGUCUCCAUCGUUUCAUCUGUUCAUGUAGAUAGGCAGCUGGAUUUUCAGUUUCUCCCAGUGUCCCCCCUUUCAGUGACUUGGGGUCAAUUCUUGCAGGAUAUUCCAGUCUCAGUGCUCGCCAGACAUCAGGGCGGUGUGAAUCAAAGUCCAUCCCAUCUCCUUGUGGGUCACUCACUUCUCUCCUCAGGUCACUGUUCCCUAGUAUAUCCUCAAUUUUUGCCUUUCCAACCACCCUUGGCAACAGCGCCUUCAGAUCCCCCACAGCCAGCAGUUUCCCCAUGGUUUGUUCCUCAAAAAUCCUUAUCCAUUUUCCUGCCCCAUCAUGCAAAUCUGGCAGACAGGCAACCAAUCCUUCCAGGUCAUGUGAUCCCCACGGAACAUAGUGAGCCUGGGUACCUUUUAUUAGAAUUGGAUAUUGUCCCUUGUAUUUUUCAGGUCUUCUCAAAGUUCUCCUAUUCCUCAAUCUUUCUUCCCUUACGCCUUGAUUGCAAUCUCCCCAUAUUUCAGCUGCUGCUCCUUCUUCCUCCUCUAGGUCUCUGCCUGUCCGCUGUCUUACCUCACUCUGCUCCCUCUCUACUUCUUCCUUUUCUCUCAAUAUUCUCCUCAUCCUGUCCAUUUCUUUCUCUAUUAGUUUGAUUGUUGCUUCAAUAUCUGCAAUUUCUUCAUCUGAGAGUUCUCCAUCAUCUCUUUUCGUCAUUUUCAUUCUUCCCAAUGCUUCCCUCAGCUCUCCAUAGCAAUCCAAUCUGUUUGGCUUGAUUUCUGCCCUUCGCUUGAUUCCUUCUGUUUUCUUUGAGUCUUUUUCCAUCCUUUGGGAGGAUGUAAACAAAGGUCUUUCUUCUUCCAUUUCUAUUUCUCCUUUUAUUGAUACUACUCCGGACACCUGGGGAUAUUGUCCACCAACAUAUGGUGGGGGUCCCACAGACCAAUCUGCUUUCUUUUUGUUUGUUUUCUCAUCAUCUUUUCUCAACAUGUUUCUGGCUUCUCGCAUGUUCUUUAGCAAUCCUUCUCCUUCCAUUUUGAACAUGUUGAGUACUUAUUUUUCUCUUUCUCUUUUGGCGCUUCUCUUCUUUCCUGUGUCUUUUGCUUUAUAGUUCUUUGUCAGUGUUUCCAUUUCCUCACAUACCGUGACAUCAAAUGUUCCUCCUUCUGGCCAUUUGGUGCCCAUUUUUCUGGUGCGUUUCUCCCAUUUUUCAGAUGUUUUCGCUAUUUCUCCAUUGCCUAAGGGAUACCUAGCACUCAGUAUUUCUACCGCCGUUUUAUUCAUAUUUAUGGCCUGUAUUUUGUAACUUAUUUUUAAUCUAUUUUAGUAUUCAUCCUAUUUAUUUAUUUCUCCUUCUUAAUUAUUUUUAUAUUAAUAUUCGCUUUUGCUGUUAAACUUAUUUGUGCUUUUUUAAUUAUUGUUUGGUCAGAACUUAUUAUUAAUGGUCAUUUGACAAUCUCUUUAUAUGAUACUAAUAUAAUAUCUCCUGAUGUCCACUUUUCUUUUGUGUGGAACACCUCAUGAAUCUUUCCCUUGCUAGUGUUUUUCUUAACACUAAUAUAAUAUCUCCUGAUGUCCACUUUUCUUUUGUGUGGAACACCUCAUGAAUCUUUCCCUUGCUAGUGUUUUUCUUAACACUAAUAUAAUAUCUCCUGAUGUCCACUUUUCUUUUGUGUGGAACACCUCAUGAAUCUUUCCCUUGCUAGUGUUUUUCUUAACUUUAAACCACUCAGCUAUAUGUGUGUUUCUACCCCUAUGAGCAUCCACACACCAUUCAGUCUUCCUCUCCUGGUGUGAGACCGGGUGCAUCCUUCCCACAAGGUUACACUUAAGCAACGUUCCAGGAAAGGUGCGUCAACCUUUCUCCACCAAGGACAGAAACUUUCACACUCACUUGCACUCUCACUCUUCCACACACGUAUCUAAGUUACCUGUAAAUUUACCCCUCUCUUGAUACACUUCCUCGACACAAGAAAAACUGUUUUAUACAGGAUUACUAUAUACCUAUAUAGCCCUCUAGGUGAUUCACUUCCUCGACACACCUUUACCUAUCCUAUGCUUUCCUAAGCGACCUGUAAUUUCGACCCUCUUCUCUGAUUCACUUCCUCGACACAGAGAAAAGUGGUAUUGCACAGGAUUUUUGCCUACCUAAGCAGUCCUCUAAAUGAUACACUUCCUCAACACAUUUAGAGGGGUAUUGCAGGACUUCUACCUAGGCUUUCCUAAGCGACCUGUAAAUGCAGCCCUUUUCCUGAUUCACUUCCUCGACACAGGAAAAGCGGUAUUAUACAGGAUUUUUUGCCUACCUAAGCAGUCCUCUAAAUGAUACACUUCCUCAACACAUUUAGAGCGGUAUUGCAGGACUUCUACCUAUUUAUUUUCUGAUCGUUCAAACAGAUGGACAGCCGCCCGUGCCGAAAUGACCCAGACAAAAUGAUCAGCAAGACGAAUCAAAUGAAUCGACCGAAUUGAACAGACGCGUCAGAUGAGCAGCCGAGAGACAUUUGACGGGUACAAGACGCGUCACACAAAACAGUCGAAUUAGUCAAACGGAUGCAAUCACACUGACCAAAUGAUCAACCCAAACGAGACAGAUAACCCACCCCACUUAACCACAAUGAAUGAACCACACCGACCCAAGCAGACCAUCCACCCACUCGGACUGAGCAGAUCUACUCUUACUUAAGCUAUUUUCUAUUUAUUGCAACCCUUGAGGCUUUUUCAUUUAACAUGCAUUUUAAAUCCAAAAGCUCCCAGUCUCUAAUUUUCUGGUUCUUAAAUUUGGAGAGACCAUCUCUGGUCCCUGUUUUCAACCCCUGGCAACACUCGCCAUUUAUGUCGUAGAAAUAUUUGACUCAAAAGUAGUCAACUCAAAAAUCUCUCUCAAGAAACUGGAGCUUGUGAAUCCAAAAAUUUGACUUUAUUAUUGCGUAACAAAGCCGAGCUUGCUCCAUGGAGCAACUACUUGCCCUGACCCGGAGCUCUCCUUUUAUACAGACACAAAUGCAUAGUCAUGCUUAUACAACAUACAUAGUUACUCCUCUCUAUGUGAAUGAAUAACAUCUUUCAGUAUCACAUGUUGGCUACUCACGAGGCUACGUGCAUUUCUCUAAGUGGGGCUUCUGUCUCUUAUUAGUGGCGUGACUCAAAAAAUUAUAUACAUACGUGCGUUAAAGAACAAUCACACUCUGUAUUGACUAUAUUCACUAUCCAGACAUGCAUCUGGAGUACAAAGUAUCAAUCAUGUUCAUUCUGUUUUACCUUUAUCAUUUCAUAACACAUUAUAAAACAUGAACACUUAAACAUGGUUUAAACAUGUCAUGGCCAUAACCCAUUCUCAACCACAUACAUUUAAGCCAAUCCCAAAAAGCAUCCUCCCAGGACCCUGGUUUGGCCUUGUGACUGUGUAUGUGGCUAUGUGUCAGGUCAUAAGCACAAACAAAUGAUAACACUAGUUCCAUUGUUACUCCAAUCUCCACACAGCCACCACGAGGAGUUGUAUCUCCAUCACAUGUCAUUGACAUACCCAGACCAGCUGCAGGGAGUUAUCAAAAGCACAGCGUUUGCACUAAAGAAAUGUCUCUGCUCUGUUUUAACCCUUCAACUGGUUCUCAAUCCAUAAGCAUUUAAGGCAUAUAGGUGUUUAAUUCUACAACAUAUGUACUAGAAAAUCAUCCAUAUAUAGAAAAUCAUCCAUAGUGGUCCCCGUGUCAGAAGUACAGAGCAAUUGGUACAGCCAGUCCUUUGUAGUUUCAAGAGCGAUGGACUCCUGGACUUGCUUGUUUUAAACAAGCACCUCAAGGUUUGCAAGAUCAAAAUGCUCACACUUCUUGGGCUAUUGCAGUCGGUGUGUCUUAGUGAUUGGUUCACGUCCAUAGAUUUGAAGGAUGCGUAUUUUCAUGUGGCUAUACUUCCUCGCCACAGAAAGUUUUGAAGGUUUCAUUUCGAGAGGGUGGCCUACGAGUUUCUUGUCCUUCCUUUAGGGCUCUCCCUAUCGCCCCACUUAUUUUCAUUGGCCUAUCUGGACGAUUGGUUGGUCAUACUGGAGUCGAGGGAACAGGUGGAGCUCCACACUGCCACGCUGGUUUCCCAUAUUCAGUCUCUAGGGUUCAUAGUGAAUCACAAGAACAUUUGUUUGACUCAGCUCAUUCAGUUUCUGGGUCUCGUUCUGGAUUCGGUUCUGAAUCAUGCGUUUUUGUCUCAACAGAGGGUCGCAUUCAGUCUCUGUCUGGCACGGUAUCAGCUGGGGCACCCUGUGCCUUUUCGCUUAUGCCUGUGGUUAUUGGGUCUGAUGGCCUCUGAUAGUUGUGCUGCCUCUGGGACUUCUGUUGAUGCGUCUGUUUCAACGCUGGGUGAUUGCUACGCACAUUUCGCCACUGCCAUCGGUUGCUCAAAGUAUUCCCGUUGUGCCUAAGGGCGUUGACUUCUUGGAGGGACCCGCGACUGCUGUUCCAGAAGGUUCUCAUGGGCCGGGUAGUGUCCCGGAGGGUGAUCAAGACAGACACAUCCUUACUGGGCUACUCUGAAAGAGGGAUUUGGUCAACAGCGCAAAAGGGUGCUGCAUAUCAAUUACCUAGAGCUACUGACUGUUUGCUAGCGCUAAGGCGUUUCCUUCCAAUGUUUGAGGACCAGCAUGUGUUGGUCCGACAACAAGACAGUGGUGGCUUACAUCAACAGGCAGGAGGGGACGUGGUCUCAGUCUCUCCUAAACCUGGCCCGUUAUCUGCUCGUAUGGAGCAGUGCGCAUUUCCCGUUACUCAGGGCGACGUAUCUUCCCGUAUUUCUCAACGUGGGUGCGGAUCUACUUUCCAGGGGGGUCCUAUCUCUCCGUAGUGGAUACUGUACCCCUCGGUGGUUGCCCAGAGAUGGGUCCAGUUCGGCAGAUCUUUACGCAUCGCGAGAAAAUGUGCAUUGUUGUCUUCUUCACAAUGGGGGAUCUGGGCACUCCAGUGGGAACGGAUGCUUUGGCGUAUCAGUGGCCUCGGACAAUGCUCUAUGCGUUUCCUCCAGUGGACCUGACUCGGGUCACAGUGGAGAGGGUCCAUCAGGAGGGUCUGUUGUUGAUUCUGGUGGCUCCCCGUUGGACCAGACAACCAUGGUUCCUGGAGAUCAUCUGCCUGUUGGGCGGGGACCUGUGGAGAGUUUGGCAUCCACGGCCACAUAUGGUAUCUGUGGGUUUGGCCCAUGAAAGGUUGAAUUUGACGGCCAGGGAUUUAUCCUUGAACGUGAUUGACUAUACAGUUGGCACGUGCACCUUCUACGAGAGGGUUUAAACAUACAGUACAUACAAACCAGAUGGGAUGGCGAAUAGCUGCAGAAUGCUGUGGUAGCCAUGCUGGUUAAGUGUGCCUUGAAUUCUAAAUAAAUCAGACAGUGUCACCAGCAAAGCACCCCCACACCAUAACACCACCUCCAUGCUUUACGGUGGGAAAUACAUAUGCGAAGAUCAUCCGUUCACCCACACCGCGUCACACAAAGACAAGGCGGUUUGAACCAAAAAUCUCCAGACCAAAAGGACACAUUUCCACCGGUCUAAUGUCCAUUGCUCGUGUUUCUUGGCCCAAGCAGGUGUCUUCUUCUUAUUGGUGUCCUUUAGUAGUGGUUUCUUUGCAGCAAUUUGACCAUGAAGGCCUGAUUCACACAGUCCCCUCUGAACAGUUGAUGUUGAGAUGUGUCUGUUACUUGAACUCUGAAGCAUUUAUUUGGGCUACAAUUUCUGAGGCUGGUAACUCUAAUGAACUUAUAAUAAUAAUAAUAAUAAUAUGCCAUUUAGCAGACGCUUUUAUCCAAAGCGACUUACAGUCAUGCGUGCAUACAUUUUUGUGUAUGGGUGAUCCCGGGGAUCGAACCCACUACCUUGGCGUUACAAGCGCCGUGCUCUACCAGUUGAGCUACAGAGGACCAGAGGACCAUGCUUAUCCUCUGCAGCAGAGGUAACUCUGGGUCUUCCAUUCCUGUGGCGGUCCUCAUGAGAGCCAGUUUCAUCAUAGCGCUUGAUGGUUUUUGCGACUGCACUUGAAGAAACUUUCAAGGUUCUUGAAAUGUUCCGUAUUGACUGACCUUCAUGUCUUAAAGUAAUGAUGGACUGUCUUUUCUCUUUGCUUAUUUGAGCGGUUCUUACCAAAGGACUUGGUCUUUUACCAAAUAGGGAUAUCUUCUGUAUACCCCCCCCCCCCCCCCCCCCCCUCCCCCCCCUAUCUUGUCACAACAACUGAUUGGCUGAAACGCAUUAAGGAAAUAAAUUCCACAAAUUAACUUUUAAGAAGGCACACCUGUUAAUUUUAAUGCAUUCCAGGUGACUACCUCAUGAAGCUGGUUGAGAGAAUGCCAAGAGUGUGCAAAGCUGUCAAAGGCAAAUGGUGGCUAUUUGAAGAAUCUCAUAUAUAAAAUAUAUUUUGAUUUGUUUAACACUUUUUUGGUUAUUAUGAUUCCAUGUGUUAUUUCAUAGUUGAUGUCUUCACUAUUAUUCUACAAUGUAAAAAAUUGUAAAAAUAAAGAAAAACCCUUGAAUGAGUAGGUGUGUCCAAACGUUUGACUGGUAGUGUAUAAGUGGCACGCGUUUGAAGGUUGGUGUCAGGUUAAGAGUUUUUCCUUUUCAGAGCUCUUUGGUGGACAUUGAUGUACUUGCAAGAGCUUUUUGAGCAGGGCCUUUCUUUUUCCACAUUGAAGGUUUAUAUGGCAGCCAUUUCAGCGUGUCAUGUAGGGUUUGACGGCUCUACCCUGGGGUCUCACCCUCUGGUGCUGCCGUUCCUGAAAGGUGUGCGUCUGCUUGGAACAGUGUCUAAGCCUAAGGCACCGACCUGGGACCUGGCUUUGGUCUCCAUUUGAACCAUUAGAUUCUGUGGAUCUGAAGGUCCUUUUCUACAAAACUGCCCUGCUCAUGGCCUUGGCAUUGGGGAUCUCCACAUGCUAUCAAUACACCUUUCCUGUUUGGAGUUCGCGCCUGGCGACUCCAAAGUGAUGUUUUGUCCUGCCUUGUUGUGCAGCAGUGCGUAAAGUGUGCAUUAUCAGGGUUACCACAGUUUCCUAUUAGUGUGAGCCUUGGCCUGCCGUGGCAGCGUGUGAGUACACAGUUUCCAGGUUACUGCAGGUUUCCUGUGGGUUUGAGCCUCGGGCUGCCGUGGUUCAUCAACUCUGGUCGAUGCUAUGCAGCACACGCUGAAGAGCGGUACUGAAUUGAGGAAAUGAAUACGAACCCCGAUAUUAUAGCCAGGAAGGCGGGCUUAUGAGGGCGGGCAUCCAUUUGCCAGGUUGGGUGUGAUUUCUUCAGGUGGAUAUGAUUGGUUAUUGACUCCCCAUAGUAUGUUAUACCUCAUUCACAGGAGGUUGGUGGCACCUUAAUUGGGGAGAACAGGCUUGUGGUAAUGAUGGGAGCGGAAUGGUAUCAAAUACAUCAAACACAUGGUUUCCAGGUGUUUGAUGCCAUUCCAUUUGCGCCGUUCCUGCCAUUAUUAUGAGCCGUUCUCCCCUCAGCAGCCUCCACUGACCUCAUUCCCUCCUUCAGGGAACAGUAGUUAUAUUCAUAACUGUACAUGUUAAAGCAGGGUUGGGGUCAAUUCCAUUUUAAUUCGGUCAUCAAAAUGGUUUUGGCCCCAACCUUGGUUCAAAGUAGAUACACUGAAUGAAAUAUUUGAUAUUGUAGGACUGUUUAUUAAGGUUUUAAUGCCAGUUAUAAACUAUAUACAAGAAAACACACCCCAGUAGACCCUAUACAUGACUAUAUGGCCUAUACCAGGGGUAUUGAACGCUUACCCUACGAGGUCUGGAGCGUGCUGGUUUUCUGUUCUACCUGAUAAUUAAUUGCUCACACCUUGUGUCCCAGGUCUAAAUCAGUCCCUGAUUGGAGGGGAACAAUGAAAAAAUGGUGUGGAACUGGCUUCUAAGUCCAGAGUUGAGUUUGAGGGGCCUAUACUAUAUGACCUAUAUUAGGUCAUAUAUGUUUGUUUUGGUGUAUUUGUAAAAAAGUAUUAAUUAAACUUCAUAUGAAACUGUGAUUGAAAUGAAUGUGACAACCCAAUAAAUAAAAUGUUCCACAAAAUAUAUUGCCUAUAUGCUGUGUUCUCAUGCAUUUCAGGAACGUACGUUUGGCUGUAAGGUGUGUGUGAGUGUUCAAGCGUUCCUCCACCCUAUACACACGGCCCUCCCCCUGUCAAUAUUGUGGCAAAAGAUAUCACCAGAAAUCUGCAAUUAAACACAGGUGAGUCAAUAUGUAUAGGGAUCUUGACGUUAUCACUGUCACGUUAGAAACGUAUUAACUAUUGAAAAGAAAAGAACAAAAAAAAAAAUGGGAGUGGUAGGGGCAUGUGGUGCCUGUUAAGAAUGUAGUGGCUAUGUGCCGGAGUAUGUGGGAAUAUAUAUAAAAUAUUUAAAAAACAGCCCCUACCACUCCCAUUGAUUUGGAUUAAGCUAGCUGAAGUUUGUAGUGGCUGUUUAAAGAAACCGAACCAUGCGUUAGUUUUUCCUGGCACAUAGACUACUUUCGGGGUGAGGAACCAUCUAACAUUACAUUAUAAAAUAAUGAACUUCCCCUUUAAUACAAUAUGUCCCCUCUGCCCUCCUAUCCCAGGUGAGAAGCCCCAUGUGUGCCAGGUGUGUGGCAAAGCCUUCAGCCAGAGCUCCAACCUCAUCACUAGCAGCUGUCAGCACAGUGGCAACCAGCCCUAACACUGCUGCCUCUACGGCUUCCAGCACAAACUGGACCUGAGACAGCGUAUAGACCUUCAGGCAAAGACACUGCUACCAGCUGAUCUGAGAUCAGUUUUAAUAAGCAAGUGAACAACUCCACAUAGAUAGCAACUCAGAGACUCACAUGGUCACAAUUUUUUAAUUCUUAGUCUGAUCAUUGUUUUAUUAUUUUAGGUGAUCAAGCUCCCUUGAUUGUCAGUGAUUUACCUGUCAGGGGUAGUUAAAGGUAUGGCACGGAGAUAAAAUACAUUUUAGUGCUUGACAUCCAAAUAUACUGCUCUUGUGACGCCUACGCCAGUUCUCGAACUGAAUCGUUCUCUCCAGUUCUCUGGCACAAACUUUUACCUGGUAUUGGGCUAAGAAACACCCUCCCACCCUCUGUCAGCGCUACCCUAUAAAGGUCGAGCCAUCUCUCCACUCUGCACUAGAACACCUGAUCACUACAACCUUCAAGCCCUCCACUGCACCGAGCAUUAAAUAACUGAUCAAUGCACCAUCAUACCAGAUUAAAGUUUAAAGCUGUUAUUUUUGCGUUUUUGACCAAAGUCUACCUUUAAAGUAAUUGCCCAGUGUUUCCAGAUUUCUAUGAAACAUAAUUAAUUACAAUAUGAGUGAAAUAGUUUUCCUUCCCAAAAAUGUUUAAUUAAGUAUGUUAGGCAUAUUUUCUGUGUUGGAAUGGUGUGGGCAUACCCCAACAACAGAAUGGCUUGGGCGUAUACCGUUCAUUAAAUAUUCAUGCGAGUAGACUGCUGAUUGGCCAGCUCAUCCGCCUCAGGACGAUGACAUCCUCUGAGGAAAUGUAUGCUUUCGCCACAAAUACAAGUAUAGUAUGAGUCAACAUUAUUUGCGUAUAAGUUAACAGAAUAUUAACUUAAGUGAGAUUGUCACUGGACAGUUACAUUAAAACUGCAUAAUUUUCUCUCAUCCUCAUGGCAAAAUGUAAAGAAUAGCAUGACAUGAGCUAUAGAACCACAUUUAUUUAUCUCUGCCCAAUGGCCAAGUGUAGAAUUGCAGGAAAUUAGCUUUAAAACUGCUAAAUUCUCUCAGACAUAAAACUACACAUUUCUCUGCCCCAUGGCAAAAUAUGUUGAAAUGCAGUUAGUUCACAAUUUUCCCAAAACGUUUUUGUUGUUGUUGGGGGGGCCUUCCAGUUAGACUGCAUUUUCAUAGUACCUCUACAUAUACCUCUCAAGAGUGGCAUAGUAAGUCAUGUCAAACUGUAGAAUUUCAGAAAAUUAGGUAAUGUAAAAAAAGACCAUGCUUCGUAAGACCAUGCUAGAGAGUGUGUAGUGUACUCUUGACUAAAGACAGUAGUGGGUGGAUUAACAAUGCUAAUGAAGGAGUCCAAACAUACACAUCAGUGCAGAUGCACUCACACCUGCCUGCUGCCAUUCCCGAGCAAGCUCUGCACUGGUGGUGCCCUGAUCCCGCAGCUGAAUCAACUUUAGGAGACGGUCCUGGCGCUUGCUGGACUUUCUUGGGCGCCCUGACGCCUUCUUCACAACAAUUGAACCUCUCUCCUUGAAGUUCUUGAUGAUCUGAUAAAUGGUUGAUUUAGGUGCAAUCUUACUACUUCCAGUCUGUUAUUCUAACUCAAUCAGCACGACAGAGUGAUCUCCAGCCUUGUCCUCGUCAACACUCUCACCUGUGUCAAUGAGAGAAUCACUGAAAUGAUGGCAGCUGGUCCUUUUGUGGCAGGGCUGAAAUGCAGUGGAAAUGUUUUUUGGGGGAUGAAGUUCAUUUUCAUGGCAAAGAGGGACUUUGCAAUUAAUUGCAAUUCAUCUGAUCACUCUUCAUGACAUUCUGGAGUAUAUGCAAAUUGCCAUCAUCAAAACUGAUGCAGCAGACUUUGUGAAAAUUAGUAUUUGUGUCAUUCUCAAAACUUUUGACCACGACUGUAGUGUGUGUGACUGUUGCUCUCAGCAGUGUUCCUAGCAAACACCUAAUACUGACAACCACAUUUCUUUCAGCACUGUCCAGUAUUGAUUCUCUCUCUCUCUCUCUCUCUCUCUCUCUCUCUCUCUCUGUUUCUCUUUUGUUCUCUCAUUCUCUUAGGUUGUAAUAUAGCCAACGCCACAGACGGCAAAGUGCGUCUCUACUACAAGGCAGAGAAGAUGGCUCUCUGUGACCUCAUCGAGGGGAGUCAACUCAAGAAA